AAAAACCACAUACCACUCUCCUAUCAGUUCACUGCUCUUUUGUUAUAAUAAGGAAUCAACCAUAAACUUGAAAAAAAAAAAAUUCCAACUCCAUGCCAAAUCAAGAAGCUCUCUGUUUAGGUACGAUCAUGGCUGACAUGGGAGCAGUACAAGAGCGGAAGAUAGUUGUUGCAAUUGAUGAAGGAAAAGAAAGUAUAUAUGCAUUAACAUGGGCAAUCAAGAAUGUUGUUUCACAAAAUUCUUCCAAUGAUACUAUCAUUCUUCUUUAUGCCAAACCACAGCGUGCAGUUUACUCUACUUUAGAUGGACCAGGGAAUCUGUUCUCAUCUUAUGUUAUUAUGUCAAUGGAGAAAUAUAGUAAAGAAGUUGCUGAUUGUGUGAUUGAGAAGGCUAAAAGAGUUUGCAAAGGCCUUCAAAAUGUUAAAGUGGAGACAAUGAUUGAGAAUGGUGAUGCUAGAGAAGUAAUCUGUGAUGCAGUUGAAAAGAUUGGUGCUGAUGUACUAGUCAUGGGAACCCAUGGCUAUGGUAUGAUCAAAAGGGCUUUUCUUGGGAGUGUGAGUACUCAUUGUGCACAAAAUGUCAAGUGUCCAGUUCUAAUUGUGAAAAAGCCUAAAUCAUCUUAGAAGAAUGAAGUGUGGAAAUUCUCCUUUGUUUGCAGAAAAUGUAGUUUCUUUUGUUGCGGAAGAUUGUUUCUGUACUUGUGUUGAUCUGUUUUAUCCAACAUCACUGUCUGUGCCCCUGUUAUCCAUUGAUGGCGUAAAACAUGCUCACUUUCUCUUCAAAAAAGUGCAACGUAAAGAUUUACAUACACGGUCAGUUGAUGACAUCCGAUAAUUACAUGUUUCCUUGUAAAGAUUUACAUACACGGUCGCCACAGCAUACAUAGGGAGAUAUGCUUAUGUUAAAUAUCUGCUUGUUCUUAUCCAUUUAACAUCUUGAAAUUUUAAGCAUUUCACAACGUGUAAGCAAUUCACUGUAUUGGUCAUUAGAAAAUCUGGCUACUGCAUUUUACUCCA